GGAGGGAAAGGGCCGCCGCCCCGCUCUAACUCCGCGGGCCCCGCCGGGGGAGAGUCCAAGCCGAAAAGCGAUGGAAAAAGUGGAAAUGGAUCCAGACAGCGUUAUAAUCGUAAGCGAGAAACUUCAUAUCCCAAAAAUGAGAACUGCACCAGUCAGUCCCGUCGCUCCACUUCACAGAAAAGCAAAACUUUUAACAAGGUGCCUCCUCAGAGAGGAGGGCAGGGUGGCAGCGGCGGAAAACCUUUUAGUUCUCCUUUUAAUGGUGGAAGACGGGAAGAGGUAGCAGAGGCCCAACGGGCAGAGUUUAGUCCUGCCCAAUUAUCAGGUCCCAAGAAGAUUAAUCUGAAUCACUUGUUGAAUUUCACCUUUGAACCUCGCGGCCAAGGAAGCCAUUUUGAUGGGAGCAGCCGGGGCUCGUGGGGGAAGAGGAACCGAUGGGGAAACAAGCCUUUCAACAAGGAGCUGUUCUUACAGGCCAACUGCCAGUUUGUGGUGUGCGAUGACCAGGACUACACUGUUCAUUUCACCGACCCAGACACCUUGGUCAAUUGGGACUUUGUGGAGCAAGUGCGGAUUUGCAGCCACGAGGUGCCCUCCUGCCCGAUAUGCUUAUAUCCACCCACCGCUGCCAAGAUCACUCGCUGUGGGCACAUUUUCUGCUGGGCGUGCAUCCUGCACUAUCUGUCUCUGAGUGAGAAGACCUGGAGCAAGUGCCCCAUCUGCUACAGCUCUAUUCACAAGAAGGACCUGAAAAGCGUCAUUGCCCUAGAAACCCAUCAGUAUGCCAUUGGCGAUACGAUUACGAUGCAGCUGAUGAGGCGGGAAAAAGGGAUCUUGGUAGCCUUGCCAAAGUCAAAGCCGACACAUGUGGAGCAGCCCAUUCACCUGGGAGAUGAGGAACACAGCCAGUAUUCCAAGCUUCUCGUGGCCUCCAAGGCUCAGGUGCGGCAGCAAGUGAUCUUGGAGGAGAAGGCCGCACUUCUGCGUCAGUACGAGGAAGACAAGGACACCCCUGAAGCCUGUUUCAUUGAGGCAGCCAUUCAAGAGCUGAAGGAUCGAGAGGGCAGCUUGAUGUCUGACGGAAGUCAAGGGAGAGAUGUUGCAAGCACCCCAGCAGCUGUGGAGGAAUUAGUUGUGAGAGAGGUGUCUGACAGAGAAGCAGCCACAGUGACCUCCCAAGAGGAGAAGUGUGUUGUGCGGUAUAUUUCUGCAUUUGAUGAAGAAAUCCUGGAGUCUCCUCCGGUGGAUUCUGCACAGGCUGCUCCGCCUGCCUCUGAAAUAGAAGAGGGGGCGGUGGCUGAGGUUGCAGAAGAAGAUUCUGGCAAGGACCUGGCAGGCGGAAGUGAGAGGGCAAGCGGCAGUGUGGCUGAACCUGCUCCAGAAAAACCUAAGAGGGCUCUCAGCUGCAGCCACCCAAGCAGCUCUCCUUUCUACUACUUCUACCAAGCCGAGGACGGGCAAUGCCUGUAUCUUCACCCCGUGAAUGUGCGCUGCCUGAUCCAGGAGUACGGCAGCCUGGAGAACAGUCCGGAGAAGAUCACUGCCACCGUGGUGGAAAUAUCUGGCCACUCCAUGACGGAGGAUGUGCGCCAGCGCCAUCGUUACCUGUGUCAUCUGCCCCUCACCUGCGAGUUCAGCAUCUGCGAACUGGCUUUGAAGCCUCCAUUCAUUUCCAGGGAAACCCUGGAGAUGUUUUCAGAUGACAUUGAAAAAAGGAAGCGCCUCAGACAGAAGAAAGCUCGUGAUGAGCGACGCCGGGAACGUAGAAUUGAAAUGGAAGAAAACAAAAAGCAAGGCAAAUAUCCCGAGGUCCGUAUUGCGUUAGAGAAUCUACAGCAGUUUCCUGCUUUCAGCGCCUGUUCAGCAGAACCUGAUGGCCAGGAGGCACAGAGCAGCACUCUGCUGUCUUCGGUCGGUAGAAGCUCCGUGACUCAGCCAGAACCUCUGUUAACUCUCGGGUCACCUGCCGCUAGUCCUGUCAGCCCUUCCUUCUGUCUCGGGAACCUGGAGGAGGAUCUUGGGCUCCCGUCCUUUGCCCAGAUGCUGAGAGCUGGGAAAGCGAAGCCAGAAACCUGGAACAAUUCUCAGGCAAAGAAGAAAGAGGAGGCCCCCACCCUGGGCCCUCCUGCGCCAGUAGACAGCGGCGGGGAGAGCGACAACUCGGACCGUGUCUCUGUGCCUAGUUUCCAGAACUCCUUCAGCCAAGCGAUCGAGGCAGCUUUCCUGAAACUGGACAAGCCGUCCACUUCUGGCCACCACUUGGAGGAUAAAAAAGGCAAGAAAAAGAAGCAGAAGCAGAAGCUGCUCUUCAGCACUUCGGUGGUUCAUACAAAGUGACCCUACUAACGAACAGAUCCCUUAUCCUGGUUUCUUUGGUUUGCUUUUGUGUUUUUGCUGCUAUAGAUAAAAGUAUUUAAAUUGGAGCAGAAUUAAGUCUGUUUCUGGGACUUGGGGUUGCGCUAGGGACUGAAAAUAACCAUGCGUUUGGUCCACUUCUUCAUACCCAAACAAAGGUCUUGAAUCACAGAUCCACAGCCAAAGUUCCACAGUUGUGCCACGCUUAACUCCUAGUUUGUCGUCCGGCCGUGGGAGAAACCGCAGAGACGGAGGGCUUUGCUGUGAAGGUUUUCAGCCUGUGGGGAAACGAGGCUAAUGGCUGCAAGGCCUUGCGUUGCCUGCUUGCUGGCAACUUCCUGGAACCGGGCAAUGGCAGAUAAGUGCAUGUAGAGCCUAUGCCGAUGGCUACACCCAUCUAAAUUGAAUGUCUUUGAAAGGGUAGAGAAGGUGACAGAGAAACCACUUGGGGUUUUGCCCAAAGGGCCGAAGGACUGCAGGACAUCUGUGCACCCUUUGGGGGCGGGGAGCCUUUCCGGAUAAAUCUGCAGAGUUCACAAGGAUGCUGUGUUCAGCCAAACAAGAGGAAAUUUUACCCUGCACUUCGGGGUGUGGUUCACGGCAUUUUGGUGCUAAAUUUGAUUACUUUACAAAGACUUUACAAACGUGUUUCCCUUUGCACAGAACAGGUGAGUUGUGCAGACAGGCCGGCUGAGGUGAGAGUACCUGAAUGCAGUAGUUUUCCGUUUGCUUGGUUCUGGGAUUCAACUUGGGUUGUGUUAUGUGCAUACAUACUGUUUGCCCCCAUUUCUUCAGCCUCCUUUGUUUUUCUUUUCAUUUUUCUUUCUUCUGAGAAGUUGUCUCCUUCUGCACUGCUUGUGGUGGCUUGAUCUAAAACUAAUUACUGCUAAGAAGUGUCAAUUCUGUUGAAUACAAGGAACUUUGGUGUACUAUACCAGCAGAGGCAAAUAGUUGCAAUAAAAACCAUAUGCACAAGAA